CUGCCACGCUAGCUCUUGGACAUGGUGGUAUAUCGCUCCUCCUUCUCGCCCCCGUAGACAAAAGGGGAGAGGGUGCAAACAACGGCCGGGCUAAAGUGCACUAGACUACACACAAGAAAAAACUAAACAAAAAUAGUAUCAGUUAAAGGGAAAUAAGAGAAAAUAUAUAUAUCCUUGAAAAUUGAAAAUACUCUAUUCUGAAAACUCGAAAAAAAAGGAAAAAGCAAAUCUUGAAAAACAAAUAUAGUUAUUACCAACGAGAGAACAGCUGACCAAACAACGUGAAAUCACAAGUUGAAGCAAAGGGAAGUGAAAAAAUAUAUACAAAUGCAAACAGAGAAACUGAAAAGGGAAAAUAGGCAAGAAAUAUACGAAUAAAAAGUCGAAUUGAAAAAAAGUGGAAGGCAGAAAACAAUGAAGAAGGAAACUUAAUUGUCGCUCGCAAACAUACUGAAUCUAAAACAAAAAUAAUAAGGAAAAAAAUAAUUGUAUACGUAAACACAUAAGAAGAAAAUGCACGCUAAGAUAAAGAUAUAAGAGGACAAGGAAACAAUGUGACUGGUGAGGAAAACAAAUCGUGGAACAGAAUGGAAUAAGAAAAGAAGGAUAACGGAAAAAAGAUAGCAAAUUAGAAAAGAAAGAAAGAACAAAGAUAGCAAAUAAGAAAAGAAAGAAAAAAAUAGCAAAUAGGAAAAGAAGGAAAAGAAAAAGAUAGCAAAUAAAUGCAAAAAUGAAAUAACAAUAAAAAAUAAAUGAAAAAUGCUAUCAGGAGCAAUGGACAGGAAGAGAUAGAAAGAAAGAUAAAAGGAUAACAAAGAAAGAAAGACGGAAACUGAAAACGACGAUUGAAAAGAAAGGAAAAAUGAAAACAGGAAGGAACAGGUAAAAAAAAAAGCGGAGGAGAGGAAAAAAAAGAAAGAGAAAGAGAUAGAAGAUAAAACAAAACAAAAGAAGAAAAGAAGAAAAAUGAAAACAAGAGACGAAGGAUAAAAAAACAAAAAAAAAUCAGAAAAAACGGAUAAAAAAAACUACAGAAGAAAAAUAAAAAAAAUAGAAAAAGAAGAAAAACAAACAAAAACAAACAGAAGGGGGAGAAGAGAGAGGAGGUCAUGUUAGAGUUUGGGUCGCUGGGGUCAGGCGGCGCCGUGGGGGGGUCAGCGGGGGGGGCGGGGGGGCCGUGGGAGGAGAUACUGGACCGUGAUUGGCUGCCAGACAAUGAGGUUCGCUUCCUGCUGCCGCCCACUCAGCAGACGAGGUAUCAGACGAAGGUGUUCCAGCAGUCCGUCACCAUCCUCAUCAAGCUACAGCCCAACACCACGCGGGGCACGGCGGCGGUGUCUGGGCGCGGCGUGGGGGUGGGUCCCUGGCGCGUGUCGGAGGAGCAGCUGCCCGUCCUGGUUGGUUCCAUCACGGGGGCGUCGCUGUUACUCCUUCUGCUGCUCUCCCUCCUGCUCUACGCCGUCUGCCACCACCACAGACCCACACAUAAGAACUAUAGUGUGAAGAGCGAGGUAUCCAGCGUCACGUCGGGGCGGACUCAGGGAUCGCCGCCCAGCCUGAGUCGUGAGUCCUUGGUGGUGGUGACUCACGCCAUAUCGGGGCCACAGGCCUGUCUUCUAGGUGAGCGUGACCCGUCUCUCCUUGACCUGACCUACGAGUGUGGCUGCUGCUGUGACCCGCCCUGUGACAUGACCUCGUGUACCUGUGAGUGUCAGGACCAGGUGGGCGACGAGGAGGACGAUGAGGACGAGGACGAGGAGGAGGAGGAGGAGGAAGACGACGAGGAGGAGGAAGAUGAGGAGUUAGGUGAUGAGGAGGAAGAGGAGGAGGAGGUGGAGGUGGAGGAGCAGCGUCGGGAUUCGCUGUCACGGAGGGAGUCCAGGUCGCCGAGGGAGGCAGGUCAGGUCACCCCAGGGAACAGCAGGGUCAAGCCAGGCUACAAUACGGCCUCCUCCUCCUCCUCCUCCUCAACCUUCAUGAACUUUGACCUCACUCUGCCACGCCGUCCCAGGAGAGGCUCCACAGGGCGACGGGACUCCUGUAGCGGCGGCGGCGGGGGGCGGCAGCAGCAGGAGGUGGGCGUGGGGCUCCCUGUGUGUCCUGAGGCGAGGCUGGAUGAACAGAGCGCCUCGUCCAGUGCGCUGGAGUCGGUGUGCCCCGGCCGUGAGGGGGGUCUGGCCUCCCCCACCCUGGACGACAACUUCCGCACCCGCUCCCUCCCCGCCUGGGUGAGGGGCAAGACACGACCCCUCGCAGCCCUCGACGACCUCACGCCCAUCUACGAGAAGCCACACUGGAGCAAGAGGAGACGGAACAGGAUGAGAAGUGACGCCGCCGCUAUCAUUGCCCUCACCAAGUCCCGCGGCCGCCUCAUGUCCCCAGCCCACCCCGCCCCCCGCCCACACUCCCUCGCCGGCCCCGCCACCGCCCCCGCAGCACCCCCAGGGGUCACGCCAGGCUCCGGGGCGGCUGGGGCGGGCACUGCGACAGCCCCACAGCCGGCGGACACAGCGGCGUUAGUGGAGAACGAAGCAGUGGUUGUUUACGAUGAGAGAACGGCAUUGUAGAGAGGGAUGGUUACUACUACUACUACUACUACUACUACUACAACUACUACUGUUUUCAUCUGUAUAUAUUUUUUCUAUCUUUUUAAUCUCUUUUUUUUGUUUUCAUCCGUAAGAAGUUUUUUUUGUCUUGUUUUUCUUCAUUUUUCUUCAUUGGCUUUUACUUUUUUAUUAUUUUAUUACGUUGUUCCCCACUCAUUAAUAUAUUUGUUUAUUUAUUUGUUUUAUUGUUAGUCAUUUGUUUCCUUGUUUGGUUGUUAAGUUUUCUCCAUUCUCCAUCAUUUUUGUUUUUUCGGCAUUAUUUUUUUUAUUUCAUCUUUUAUAUCAUUCACAAUUUUAUUUAACGUUAUUAGCUUUAUUUUAUUUAUUCUCGGUUUCUCUUAUCUCCUUUUUUAUCAAUAUACACACUUAUUUACAUAUUUAUUUAUUGACUUCACAUUCUAUUUCGUUCACCUUCUUCUCUUUCUCCCCUUUCAAAUAUUUUUCCUUCUUAUUUUCUUGGUAUUCUUUUUCACUUUGUUUAUUUCCUUUAUCCCAACUUUUCCUUUCUCUUUUCUGUUUUUACUUUUUCUUCUUCACUGUCAAACUUCAUUGCAAAAAGACACACACAUGGAGCCUCGCGCACACAAACAUACAUACAUACAUACAUACAUACAUACAUACAUACAUAUAUACAUACAUACAUACAUACACACAAACAUAUCGUACCAGGAAUUUCCGGAAACGUGUAAUAUUCUACUUUAUUUCAAAGUUUUUUCUUAAUAUUUUCACUUUAUAAUUUGACUUUCACAACUUUUCUCGCAUUGACUGGAGGGAAGAAGAAUUUAGGAAUGUUUUUUUCUUUUUCUUUUCCUCUUUUUUAAUAUUGCUUGAAAUGAGAGAGAGAGA